ACAAAACCGGGAGAGAGGCCCCGGGUCUACCUUCGAGACAGCAGCAGCUCGUCAGACAGGCACAGCCAUGGCUAACAUCGCGGUCCAACGGAUCAAGCGAGAGUUCAAAGAAGUUCUUAAAAGCGAAGAGACAAGCAAAAACCAGAUUAAGGUUGAUUUGGUGGAUGAAAACUUCACAGAGCUGAGGGGUGAGAUAGCAGGUCCUCCGGAUACACCUUAUGAAGGUGGCCGAUAUCAGCUUGAAAUAAAAAUUCCAGAAACAUACCCAUUUAACCCACCAAAGGUGCGCUUCAUCACCAAGAUCUGGCACCCUAAUAUCAGUUCUGUGACGGGAGCAAUAUGUCUGGAUAUUUUAAAAGACCAGUGGGCAGCUGCUAUGACCCUACGGACGGUGCUGCUGUCGCUACAGGCUCUUCUUGCUGCAGCAGAGCCAGACGACCCACAGGAUGCAGUUGUAGCAAACCAGUAUAAGCAGAAUCCAGAAAUGUUCAAACAGACUGCAAGGCUGUGGUCACACGUCUAUGCAGGCGCGCCUGUCUCCAGUCCAGACUACACACGAAAAAUAGACAAACUCUGUGCCAUGGGCUUUGAUAAGAAUGCAGUAAUAGCGGCCUUGUCUUCAAAAUCCUGGGAUGUGGAAACAGCGACAGAGCUGCUCCUCAGCAACUAAGGUCCAUCUAGAUGUGAA